AUGGGGAAAUCAUGUGGAAAAAUUCACUGCACUAAUCCUUGCAAAAUCACCAAUGCAAAGCGAUCAUCACUGCUGGCAAUGUGUGCUGAUUGUCUCGAUCGUCUGCUUUCAAAAAAGCCUAUUUUGCAACACCGUAACAUCCUCGAACGAUUCAUCACGGAGCUUACGCACCGUAUUAUUGACGAAGCAGUAAAGGAAUCGCUGAUGAGUGCGGGAGAAAUCACUUUGUACCGCUUCUAUCAUGUUUUCAAACAGGCUAGUUCACAAGAUCACAUUCACACUGUUUUCAAAAAUUUCAUUCCCAGAGAUUUGUUCAAAACUCAGUUCCUUUUUUUAAAUUGUUACAAACAAAUUUGCGGACGGUUUCAGGGGGAAUUGGAAUCGUUGAUAGCGAUGGUACCAUCACUGCGUCUGCUUACGCUCAGCUACGAGCACGCAUAUUGGUGGGCGGUCGCUGAGAAACUGGUGUGA